AUGGCAAACCUACGAAAAACCCACCCACUUCUAAAAAUUGCUAACGAUGCCCUAGUGGAUCUACCAACCCCAUCCAAUAUUUCAGCAUGAUGAAAUUUUGGCUCUCUUCUAGGAUUAUGUCUUAUUUCACAAAUCCUUACAGGACUAUUCCUAGCCAUACAUUAUACAUCAGACAUCUCAACUGCCUUCUCCUCAGUAGCUCACAUCUGCCGAGACGUCAACUAUGGAUGACUAAUUCGCAACCUACAUGCAAAUGGGGCCUCAUUCUUCUUUAUCUGCCUAUACCUCCACAUUGCCCGAGGGCUUUACUACGGCUCAUACCUUUACAUAGAAACAUGAAACAUUGGAGUUGUAUUAUUCCUAUUAGUAAUAAUAACAGCAUUCGUAGGAUAUGUGCUUCCAUGAGGACAGAUAUCAUUCUGAGGUGCUACAGUAAUUACCAACCUACUAUCUGCCGUCCCAUAUGUGGGGAACUCCCUAGUCCAAUGAAUCUGAGGGGGAUUCUCAGUUGACAACGCCACAUUAACCCGAUUCUUCGCAUUCCACUUCCUAUUUCCAUUUGUAGUUGCUGGAGCCACAAUACUUCACCUCCUAUUCCUCCAUGAAACAGGAUCAAACAACCCGGUAGGAUUAAACUCCGACGCAGACAAAAUCCCAUUCCACCCAUACUUCUCCUACAAAGACCUACUGGGGUUCAUUAUCAUGCUCACCGCCCUAACAAUACUUGCCCUAUUCUACCCGAACCUGCUUGGAGACCCAGACAACUUCACCCCGGCAAAUCCAAUAGUUACUCCGCCACACAUUAAGCCAGAGUGGUAUUUUCUAUUUGCCUACGCCAUUCUACGAUCAAUUCCUAAUAAACUCGGCGGGGUAUUAGCCUUGUUAUCCUCCAUCCUAGUUCUAAUAGUAGUACCAAUUCUUCACACCUCAAAACAACGAGGACUUACAUUCCGACCUGCUUCCCAACUACUAUUCUGAAUUUUAGUAGCAGAUAUACUAGUACUAACAUGAAUCGGAGGAAUACCAGUAGAACAUCCAUAUAUUAUCAUCGGCCAAGUAGCAUCAGUACUUUAUUUUUCCCUAUUCCUGGUGCUAAACCCCUUAGUCGGCUGACUAGAAAACAAAGUAAUAAACUGAUAA